GGAGCCCGCGUUUCCGGCGGCUGCGUUGCUCGUGCGGCCGCUGAACUGCCAGCCGCCCCUCCGGGCGCGCGGGGCCAUUUCGCACCGUCCCGGCGUCGGGCGCAGUGGGACGGGCUGUCGGAUGUCCGGCGUCUCCUCCCCCAUUUCUUCUCUUUUCUGUCCAAAGUACCGUAAUACCAGAAUAAAAUGAUAAUUGCUGAGCCAACUCAAGAUCCUGAGUGAGUUAAUACUUUACAUUGGAACUCAGUGCUUUCCAUAAAACUGAGAUUAUGCCCACUGGUGAGACUUUUAUGAAAUUUGAGAAUGAAGCCAAAGUCAAAACUGAAGCCCAUUUUGAGGAAUUGCUUAAGACUCCCAAUAAUCAAAUAUGCGAAAGAAAAAAACUGAAGAAAAACAUUGGCACGUCUGGAGAAAAAAUCUCACUUGACACUGUGAGAAGCAAUCCUCGGAAAAUGAAAGAAACGAAAAGCGAUGAAGUAAUUGCUGCUAACACUAAUAACACGAAGAAGAGCAUGCGAGCCCUUAAAAACAGACCAAGCAAUCCACAGUCAACAGCUGAAAACCCAGAUGAAGAUGGGAGUGUACAGGAAGACAAGCAAGAACAGGCAAAUAAGAGGACUACAAAAGCAAUGUGCCAGAUGACUGCACAAGAAAUGGAACAGGAAACUUCUGAGAAGAAGGUGGACUUUCUAUAUCAGAAAGUUCAGAUGAGGUUACAACCAGGAUUUGCUUAUCACAGAAGUGAGAAGGCAAAUGAAGAAAAAGGAAAUAAUUUAGAUGAGGAAGAACAACUGAAGCAAGAAUACCAGCUCCAGGUAGCUGAAGAAAUGGCAAAGGAGAUUAAGAAGAAAAUAAGAAAGAAACUCAAAGAACAGUUGGCUGACUUUCCCUCAGAUACUUACUUGCAUGAUGACAAAUUAAGCAGUGAAAAAAAAAGAAAGAAAAAGAAGAAAGCACCAGUCCUGCCUGAAGCUGAAACAAGGACAUUUCCCAUGGAUGACACAAUUCAAGGUGAACAAAAGAAGGAAAGUCUAGUUACUUCAGAUAAUCAUCAAGACGAUGAAAUAACGACUGUGGGACAAAAUGUAGUGAACAGCAUGCAAGAUGAGACAAAAUUCAAACCAAAGAAAAAGAAAAAGAAGCCUAAAGCAGUUUCAGAUGAUAAUGAAGAUACUGAUGGUGAUGAUGGUGUUCAUGAAAUAACAAGUCGAGAUAGUCCAGGUUAUCGCAAAUGUUUGCUUGAUGAUGACCUUGUCUUAGGAGUUUACAUUCACCGAACUGAUCGACUUAAGUCAGAUUUUAAGAUUUCUCGCCCCAUGGUAAAAAUUCAUGUGGUUGAUGAGAUUACUGGUCAGUAUGUCAAGAAAGAUAAUAGUGAACGGCCUGUUUCAUCUUACUUUGAAAAAGACAAUGUGGAUUAUAUUCUCCCUAUUAUGACCCAGCCAUAUGAUUUUAAACAGUUAAAAUCAAGGCUUCCAGAGUGGGAAGAACAAAUUAUAUUUAAUGAAAACUUUCCCUAUUUGCUUCGAAAUUUUGAUGAAAGCCCUAAAGUCAUCCUGUUCUUUGAGAUUCUUGAUUUCUUAAGCAUGGAUGAAAUUAGGAAUAACUCUGAAAUUCAAAACCAGGAAUGUGGCUUUCGGAAAAUUGCAUGGGCAUUUCUCAAGCUUCUAGGAGCCAAUGGAAAUGUAAACAUCAAUUCAAAACUUCGCUUGCAGCUGUACUAUCCACCUCCUAAGCCUCGACCCCAUGCAAAUGUUGUUGAGGUUUUUGAAUGGUGGUUAAAAUGUCCAAGAAAUCAUUAUCCGUCCACAUUGUAUGUGACUGUAAGAGGACUGAAAGUUCCAGAAUGUGUAAAGCCGUCUUACCGUUCUGUGGUGGCUCUUCAGGAGGAAAAAGGUAAACCAGUGCAUUGUGAGCAGCAGCGUGAGUCAAGCGCAAUAGACACAGAACCUGGACUAGAAGAUUCUAAGGAAGUAGUGAAGUGGAAACGACUGCCUGGGCAGGCUUGCCGUAUCCCAAACAAGCACCUCUUCUCACUAAAUGCAGGAGAACGAGGAUGUUUCUGUCUUUCUUUUUCUCACAAUGGAAGAAUAUUAGCAGCAGCCUGUGCCAGCCGAGAUGGAUAUCCAAUUAUUUUAUAUGAAAUUCCUUCUGGACGUUUCAUGAGAAAAUUGUAUGGCCACCUAAAUAUCAUUUAUGAUCUCUGCUGGUCAAAGGAUGAUCACUGUAUCCUUACUGCAUCAUCUGAUGGCACUGCCAGGGUAUGGAAAAAUGAAAUAAACAAUACAAAUACUUUCAAACUUUUACCUCAUCCUUGUUUUGUCUACACGGCUAAGUUCCACCCAGCUGCAAAAGAGCUGGUGGUUACAGGAUGUUACGAUGCUGUGGUACGGAUAUGGAAAGUUGAUAUGAAAGAGGAUCCUGCCAUAUUGAUCCGGCAGUUUGACACUCACAAGAGUUUCAUCAACUCUCUCUGUUUUGAUACUGAAGGUCAUCACAUGUAUUCGGGAGACUGCUUGGGGGUGAUUGUUGUUUGGAAUACCUACAUCAAAGCUAAUGAUUUGCAGCAUUCAGUGCGCCACUGGAGUAUAAAUAAGGAAAUUAAAGAAAGUGAGUUUAAGGGGAUUCCAAUAAAUUACUUGGAGGUUCAUCCCAAUGGAAAACGUUUGUUAAUCCAUACUAAAGACAGUACAUUGAGAAUUAUGGAUCUUCGAAUAUUAGCAGCAAGGAAAUUUGUAGGAGCAGCAAAUUAUCGGGAGAAGAUUCACAGUACUUUGACACCUUGUGGGACUUUUCUCUUUGCUGGAAGUGAGGAUGGUAUAGUAUAUGUUUGGAACCCAGAAACAGGAGAACAAGUAGCAAUGUAUUCUGACCUGCCAUUCAAGUCACCCAUUCGAGACAUUUCUUAUCAUCCACUUGAAAAUAUGGUUGCAUUUUGUGCAUUUGGACAGAAUGAGCCAGUUCUUCUGUAUAUUUAUGAUUUCCAUGUUGCCCAGCAGGAGGCUGACACAUUCAACCACUACAAUGGAACACCUCCAUUCCCCGGAAUACACCAAAGUCAAGAAGCUUUAUGUUCUAACAUGCCUCAACAAGGCUCUCUUCAGAUUGAGGACUCUGUCCACACAAAAGAUUCUUCCAUGAAGAUGCAGCAAGUGAUACAAAGACUCAAUUCUGUCACAGUCAACAAAAAUCUCUCUUUUACUUCAGCAUCAGCCUCCUCACAACAGUCUAAGUUAAAACAGUCAGACUUGCUGGACACUCAGCCUCUGCGUCAGUUUGGUUUCGCUCAGACUGGAAUUAUCAACAUAGAAGGAAUGCCUUGUGACCAUCAUACAGAUACAGCACCAAUGGUAGUGGCUCUUUAUGACUACACAGCGAAUCGAUCAGAUGAACUAACCAUCCAUCGCGGAGACAUUAUCCGAGUGUUUUUCAAAGAUAAUGAAGACUGGUGGUAUGGCAGCGUAGGAAAGGGACAGGAAGGUUAUUUUCCAGCUAAUCAUGUGGCUAGUGAAACACUGUACCGAGAACUGCCUCCAGAGAUUAAGGAACGAUCCCCUUCUUUAACCACCAAGGAAAACACCAAAAUGGAAAAACCUUCUUUAUCUUCUCAAAAGUCAGUCAACAAGGACAAAUCUCAGGAUUUCAGAUGGGGCUCAGAAUCUAUGACACGCAUUGGACAGGAGCUGCGUGGACCGGACCAUUGAACUGGAAGCCUCUACUCUACUACUCUGUUUCACCUUGAAAGUGUCACGUUAAUGGCCACCAACAUCCUAUCGUGAUUUCCAGAGCACCUGCACCUUCAUUAGCAAACUUAAGACUUCUAACAACCUUUGUUAGGCAGAAAAGGCCAUAUUAUUACACCAUAUGUUAAACCAAUCACAAAGAGACAAAUGGACUUGCCCAACAACUAUUGACCAGAGUCCAACUGUCCUCCCAGGACUGUCCUUUUCACCCAGGAAUGCUCUUCUGAUGUGGGAAAUGUAGAAAUAUGUAGAAAGCCAAUAUAUGUUCCCUGUGCAAGAGACAACUAUAAUAAGUUAAUACUAAUUUGGAUAUGUGUCUUUCAGAAGUAAUUUAUGAGCUCCUAUAGCCAACUAUAAGGUAUUUGUGUUUGUGCUGCCAUCCUAUAUUUAGAAAUGUUUUUAAAAUACAAGAAACAAAUGUGGAGUGUGUCAGAAUCCAAAUAACAACAUAUAAACAAUUUCAAUUGUAUUUUGUAGACAGAGGAGAAUGAGGUUCGCAGAAAAUGCCAGAAUCCCUUUUCCAAAACUUUUUGUAAACCAAGUAAAACAAAAUCAUUUCAUGCAUUAUAUAUCCAAGCCAAAUGACUAUUGUUCAAGUCAUCAUAUUAAUUACAUUUUUUUAUUUAAAGGACAAAUUUCUUUUUGACCUAGAACUUCAUCAGAUUAACUUGCAAGUAUAGUAGUAACAGAACCUUUCUUAAAAUGCAAACCUGACCACAUCGUGCCCUGCUUAGAACUUCACUGAUCUGAUACACCCAUCCAUUACCACUGAAUCCAUUGAACUUUAACUAUUUGUUUAAGAA